AUCAUAUGACAACAUGGCUGAUUCAAAAUCAACUGAAGUUGAAGCUAUAUAUUAUGAAGUAUCACCGUAUAUCAUAAUUCUACUUCGGAUGUUUAAUUUUAUCGUUCUUUUGAUGGCACUGGUUUCCAUGAUUAUAUGUAUCGUUCAAGGGGAGGACAACAAAACAUACUAUCUGCUAGCCGCGAACACAGGAAUUAGUGGGAUUGUCUGCCUUGUGGUGAAUUGGUGGUACAAAUCGGGUGAUUUAGGGCCUGAAAAGUACUGGUACAUAUUCCUUGUGGGAGGUGUGAUACUGUUUCAGUGUGUCACUACGGACAUCUUUGUUUAUCAUGUGCUUCCCCCUGAGCAUACCAGUGCCUCUCGUACUCCAAGCGUGAGGCCCCCACUCAGGAAUGUCACCAUUAACUGGUUCAGCCUUCUAGAGGCCUCCACCAGACCACACCUAGGAAUGGACGCCAUCACCACUGUCCCACCAGGCUAGAAUAAUUAAGUUAUUCACGGUGACAUAAUGCGGUGAUUGUCUUUCAGAAUGUGUGUGAUAUAUUACUUUUAAUACUUUCUUUCAACCAUUUUAUGAUGCUUGUAUAUCAUAAUGAAAAUAGUUCUAUGAUGUGGAGGAAAAAUAAAAUUUUUAUCCCCCACCCUGGACUCACUCUGUCUAUCUGACUUCCAAUAGGCAGAUAUCUUUAAUACUAUUAAAUACGUUUUUAUUCAAACUUUGUAGAUAUAUCAUUUGAACCUGUAAUCUGGUAUUUUCAGAUUAAUCUAACAAAAUUUAGAUUUUUUUUUCUCUUUCAUAUUUUCAUGUUUCAAUGUACAUAUUUUAAUUACAAUAAUGUUUUGUGCAUCCCAUAAUUAUAAGAGAUCUCUCUCUGUCUGUAAGACUUCGUUUAUGUAUGUUUAUAUUCAACCUUAUAUGUAAGGCAUAUAAAUUUUUAAUGGAGGAUUGAAAAAAAAUUGUAGAAACUCAAACUUGGCGCAAGGGAAUAAAGGAUGCUCUUGACCUAAAAACUACGUCAAGAUCAUUUGGACAGUGACCAUGUCCCUAAUUCCUAAUUAUAAACUUCAAAUUAUGAUAGGACUGCCAAAAACAAUAUUAUUCCGCCACAUAACUGAGAGUCAAUUUUCUCAAGUUACCAUAUUGUGAAUGAAGUUUCGCAUUUCGCUAUAGAAGUCAAUGGAAAACGGACAUUUUUAACCCCCCCCCCCCCCCGCGAAACAAAAAAAUCCCUUUAACAGGUAUAGCAUAAACUGUUUUUGGCAAAGCCAUAUCAAAGUUCUUUUUUACCACGGGGGUGGGGGCUGGGUAAUAUAUUCACAGACCAAGGCACAACUACGUCGUUUUCAGGAAUUUCAAAUGAAAUUAUCCCACUGAAAUUUUAUUGUAAGAAACUGUUAAUUUUACAUAUGUCAAACAUGUUUUUGCUAGUUACAUACCAUUGUUGAUCAAUCAUAAAGUCUUGUCCCUCUCUCUCUCUCUAUAUAUAUAUACACAGUUGAACUUCGAUAUCUCGAACACUGAUAUCUCGAAUACCAUAGAUAUGUCGAAGUGAUUUGGAAGUCCCAACCCCUUAUUCUUUAAAGGGUAAACUAAAGGACUAAAACCACUGAAAUACAUAGCAUAUUGUUUUGUAUUGAUGCUUGACUAAUAAAUUUAAAGACAAGUUCAA